AUGGAGGACAGGGACCUGGGUCCAGGGCUUUUGGACUGGACGUCCAAGUCAAGGGGAGGACCCCCUGAGAUUCUGUGUGACCAGCUGCUGGUGAAGGGCCACUGCUUAUUAGCUUCAGAUGCUGGGAACAGUCCUGGCUUGAGCUCAUGGGUCUCUGUGCAAACUAUGACUUUCCCUGGGGAGGGCUGGCUGGGCACUUCACUGACCAUUUGUGCCCCUCAGAGUUGUUUUGGCUACCCUGUGAGCAUCUUCUUCAUCGUCAUCAAUGAGUUCUGUGAGAGAUUCUCGUACUAUGGCAUGCGAGCGCUGCUCAUCCUGUACUUCCGGAACUUUCUAAAUUGGGAUGACAACUUGUCCACGGCCAUCUACCACACCUUUGUGGCCCUGUGCUACCUGACACCCAUCCUGGGGGCGCUCAUCGCUGACUCCUGGCUGGGGAAGUUCAUGACAAUCGUGUCACUCUCCGUGGUCUACACCAUCGGACAGGUGGUCACGGCCGUCAGCUCCAUCGGUGAUCUCACCCACUGGGACGAGAAUGGCCAAUCUACCAACAUCUCCGUACACGUGGCUCUCUCCAUGAUUGGCCUGAUCCUGAUUGCUCUGGGGACUGGAGGCAUCAAGCCUUGUGUGUCAGCCUUUGGUGGGGAUCAGUUCGAAGAGGGUCAGGAGAAACAGAGAAACCGGUUCUUUUCCAUCUUUUAUUUGGCCAUCAAUGCUGGAAGUUUGCUCUCCACGAUCAUCACCCCCAUGCUCAGAGUGCAAACUUGCGGCAUUCACUACAAGCAGUCUUGCUACCCGCUGGCUUUCGGGGUUCCAGCUGCUCUUAUGGCUGUGUCUCUGAUUGUGUUUGUCCUUGGCAGCAGAAUGUAUAAGAAGACUCAGCCUCAGGGCAACAUCAUGGCCAAGGUGGCCAAGUGCAUCGGCUUUGCCAUCAAAAAUAGGUUUCGGCAUCGGAGUAAGCAGUAUCCCAAGAGAGAGCACUGGCUGGACUGGGCCUCAGAGAAAUACGAUGAGAGACUCAUCUGCCAGAUCAAGAUGGUCACCAGGGUGAUGUUCCUGUAUAUCCCCUUGCCCAUGUUCUGGGCCCUGUUCGACCAGCAGGGUUCCAGGUGGACUCUGCAAGCUACAACUAUGAGUGGCACAAUGGGAGCGAUCGAAAUCCAGCCGGACCAGAUGCAGACAGUAAACGCCAUCCUGAUUGUCAUCAUGGUCCCCAUCGUGGAUGCAGUGGUGUACCCCCUGAUUGCAAAAUGUGGCCUCAAUUUCACCUCCCUGAGGAAGAUGACAGUGGGGAUGUUCCUGGCUGCCAUGGCCUUCGUGGUGGCCGCCAUUGUCCAGGUGGAAAUUGAUAAAACGCUCCCAGUCUUCCCCUCAGCGACCCAAGUGCAAAUCAAAGCCCUGAGCACCUCCAACAGUCCCGUGAACGUCCACUUCCCCACCAGCAUGGUGACGCUGAACCAGACCUUCCAACAAAGCGAGUACCUGACUUUUGAUAACAAUAAGACCAUUAUCAGCAUUUCACCUGUCGGCAAUGCAAAUUCAACUUCAGUCGUUGCCAACUAUGAGUCAGGCCAUCGACACACUCUCCUAAUUUGGGAACCUACCAGUUACCUAGUGGUAAAGGAUGGCCUUAACCAGAAGCCAGAAAAAGGAGAAAAUGGAGUCAGGUUCGUCAACGCAUAUGGUGGUGUCAUACACGUGGGAAUGGGCACGAAGACUUUUCCUGGCAUCAAUUCCCGAAACAUCAGCGAGUAUCAGUUUUUUCCUUCAGGCGUGAAAGAUAUUGAACUCAACUCGACUGAGUUUCCAAAGGAGUGUGGAAACAAGCAUGAGUCUUUCGAUCUCCGAUUUGGCAGUGCUUACACCUAUGUGAUUGAAAGAGGGAGCAACAACUGCCCCAACCUGACGGAGUUCCAGGACAUAGCCCCCAACACAGUGAACAUGGCUCUGCAGAUACCCCAGUACUUCCUGCUGACGUGUGGGGAAGUCGUCUUCUCCGUGACCGGCCUGGAAUUCUCCUACUCACAGGCGCCUUCCAACAUGAAGUCAGUGCUGCAGGCCGGCUGGCUGCUCACCGUGGCCGUGGGCAACAUCAUCGUGCUCAUUGUGGCGGGGGCCGGCCAGUUCAGUGAGCAGUGGGCCGAGUACGUGUUGUUCGCCGCCCUGCUGCUGGCCGUGUGCAUCAUUUUUGCCAUCAUGGCCCGGUUCUACAAAUACAUCAACCCUGCGGAGGUCGAAGCUCAGUUUGAUGAAGAUGAAAAGAAAAAGGGCCUGGACAGAGGGGACGCCGUGCCCGCCACCGUGGAGAAGACAUCCCAGACGAAGCUGUGA